ACUCCAGGCCGGGCUUUCUCAGUGGCUGUGAGGGAGACUGGAGAUUGGAGCACAGAGUUUCAUUCCUGCACUGAGCAGCGAGAGGAGCGGCCGUUCGAAUAAGAGACGGGCACAGGUUUCUCUGCCGGGCACACACCUUCCAGUGAAGUCGCAUCCGACUCUGCAGCAAGUGAAGAAAAAGCACCUUUACAAUGAUGUGCCGAGACCUCUGCUAGAUCUCCAUGGCAGCUGCUCAGACCUUCAAUUCGAACUGUGACCCUGGAAAUUUCCAUAAACUUCAGUCUUUCCCGUCUGAGUCUGUGACGUACACUUGUAAAAUGGGAAGUGUAAGCAGCCUGAUUGACAAGCAGGACUUUCCACAUGACGGAUUUAACUUGGACUUUAAGCCAUUUCCUGAACCCAAUUGCAAGAGGGGACUGCACCAGAAGGAGUUGCUGAGCUACUUGAACAUCACAAAGAAAGAAGUUAAAAGUAACAAAAAGUUCCACUCUGGCCUGGGAUUCAGAAGAGAACACAGUGUGGAAGGAGGGGAGAAUGACUACCCUGUAUUCUACCACAAAGAUCACCGGGGGACAGAGUUUAGCAAGUCGUCCCUCCCGGAGAGAGGGCACUUGGAUAAGUCUCGCUUUGGACCUUCUGCCUUGAGGUCAAACGUAAAGGCCUUCAUGUCUAUUCAGAGCUUGUAUCAGUCUGGCAACAAACUAUCCAAAAGCAAUGGCAGCCUGAACACAAUGAGUUGCGUGAGCAGUCCACCUUGCCGUGGUCCCUUACAGCCAAGCAAUAGUCAUUCGAAUAAUCAGAGUGAAAGUGGAAAUGAUGAAGAGGACGACAGUCUGUCUGAUUCAAGACAAAACUCCAUCAAUAGUUUAAACUCUUACAGCCCUGGCUUUAGUGUAGCAAGGGGCCAAAUAAGUGCUUCCUUGGGGCACAUAAAUCACAUUGGAGGAUCGCUGGACCAGGCUUCACGAGGGACACGAGACACCAUGGCUGGUGAGAAAGGAACUCUCUCGUGCAGGAGCAUGGCCACUCUGAGCCGUCUGCAGUGUUCAGGCGAGCCACCACCACCAUAUGAGUACUCUCAGUCAGUGGAAGAUGUAGCACGCCAGCUGGAGGAGAGGCUUCAUGAGAAAGGGAUGGAAGCGCGGCAGCUGAGAAGGAACGCAAGCGACAAUGAUGAUCCUUUCACUAAGGUGUUUGAAGACAAGCGUCGACUUUGGAUGGAGGAGCUGGAUGAGCUGAAACAGAUGUACAUGUCUAAGCUGCAGCAGAUUUCCCAGCAGGCUCUACGCAGCCAAAGAGCCCUACAGUUGCAGUUAUACAAAGUGCAGCAGGAGAAGAAGCGUCUUCAGGAGGAGCUCAACUCCCUACGAGGCGAGAGUGAGGAGUUGAGACAAAAACAAUCCCAGUCAGAUAAUUCUGGCCCAAAAUUAGAGGACUCAAAGUGGGAGAUCUCUCAGAAAGCUGGUGAGAUUUCUCUUCUUAAGCAACAGCUGAGAGACUCGCAAGCAGAGAUCAAUCAAAAGCUUGGGGAAGUGGUCAGUUUGAAAUCACAGCUUCGGGAGGCAAAAGUCCUAGUGAAGGAAAAAGAGAAAGAAUCUGCAGAACUAUCGACUCGCCUCCAGGCUUUAGAGAAUGCCAAAAGCCAAGCACCGGUGGAUUUGCCAAGAGAUAAUUCAGACACUAUAGACCUAGAACGCCUACGGGCAGAGCUAAUGCUUGAAAGGCGUCAGAAUGAAGCCCAGAUGUUGACCUUUGAGACUGAGCGAAAAGUCUGGAAGGAGGAAAAGGAUAAAGUGCUGAGGUACCAGAAAGAGAUACAGUCUAGUUACCGAGAGAUGUAUCAUCGCAAUCAGGUUCUUGAGAGGCAAGUCCUAGAACUAAGGCAGGGUGUGGGACAGUCUCCGAGCUCCCCUGCCAUCUGGAUGGAUACAGUGGAAACCUGAACAUGGAAACAGACCAAAAACGUUUCUCUAUCAUGGCUGGACUGCUAUUUGGUGAGAGAUUAGACUUUGAUAUCCUCUCAUACACGGGCAGAUAUGAAGUCAUGUUGAACCAUUAUGGUGGUGUGAUGCAGUAUCGCUAGCAGUGAUUGGUGUGACCAUCACUUAGACUCCGAAAUACAUUUUCACUUGUUUUCCACUUAAAGUGACAAUGAGCUUUGCCAUUUGACAAAACACCAGAGCUAUGACUACCACUCCAAUAGUGGCAACGAGAGACUUGCUGGUAAUUGGGAAUCAUGUUCCGUUACAUCCAUGCAAUCGGCAUUGUAAACAAACUAAAUUAUUUUUAGUAGGUAACCCCUUAACGAAUGGCAUCUAUUGUAUAUAAAUAUGAGUAUUUUCAGUAGUGUGAAAUGGAUGUUGCACUAAUGUGUUUAUUUCGUUUAAAUGGAACGAGUCACUGUGAGACAAGUGUUUUACAGAAAUUUUUAGAAAUUAGGAUUCCAUUAAAAUUACAUGCACUUCAGGUGCAAGGUGGUCUUUCAUAAUCUAUCUUUGAUGCACUAGUAUAGCCUAGGCAGGAUUUAUAAUCACUGGCCUUGCAGUGUCUACAUAUCCUUGGGCCUUCAUUUUAGAGCAGGGGUCCCAAACCUUUAUUACCUGUGAGACACAUUCAAAUAUAAAAAGAAUCGGGGAGCAUGAAAGCAUAAAAAUAGUUCCAGGUGGUGCCAAAUAAGGGCUGUGAUUGGCUAGUUUGUAGCCCCUGUGUGGACUGGCAGCCUACAGGAGGCUCUGUUUGGCAGCACACGUGGUUUUAGAACACUGGGAGCAACAUCCAAGGGGUUGUUGCUCACAAGCCACUGGCUGGGGACCACUGAUUUAAGGUGGCCAUACACUAUAAGAUCCACUCGUUUGACGAUGUUGCCAAAAGAGCGAAUCUUUCCCCGAUAUGCCCACCAAAGGCAGGGUGAUAUUGGGCUAAUCCGAUUGUUUGGCCCUAGAGCCAAACAUUCGGAUACAACAAUGACAAAGGGCGUCGAAGGGACAAGGACCGCAUCAACUAGCCAAUGUGGUCUUCAAUUGCAAGGGAAAAUCAACCUCCCAAUCAAUAAAUCAAUAUCUGGCUGAAUUUUCCAUCAGUUAUGGAGGCCUGUCGGAACCCAUAUACACUGGCAGAUAAGCUGUUGAAUAUCGGCAGCUUCAAUCUGCCUGUGUAUGGCCACCUUUAGACAGUGAGGGUUCAGCAGUAAAGCAUAGCUUGUUUCGGCAAAAGCUUUAGAAGAAAAGAAUGAAGUACGCUCUGCCUAAUUAAUGUUAUCUGAUAUUUGCCUUCAUUACAAGGGCUCAAUCACUUUAUAUUUGUACACACACUGUAUAAAUGGCACCUUGAUUCUUUAUGGAUCAUUUUGGUGACUUUAGAGGCGAUAGGUAUGUUUAGAAACAUGUUUUACGGUGAAAGCCCUUAGGAGAGAAUGGUAGGUGUCUGCAUGGUGCAUCUGUCUGUGCACGGUUCCUGCGGCACUUUACUCAUUUUGCCCCGUGCAGCACUCAGAAGAAAAAGGCAAUUUGUGCCUUUGAUCUGACAAAACUUUUAGGAGCUCUUCAUCAUUUUAGUGCACCCCCAACAGAAGGUGAAUAUUAACCUGGGGAACAGUGUAUGAGAACUGAGCUCAGUAGAGGAACACAGCAAGGCACAGGACUUUUACAAGAGCAGUUGCUGUGAAUUAGACUUGUAAGACGUAGGCCCCUGCAACUUUACUGUGUGGCUGAUAUCCAUCUUGGGUACAUAAGUGGCGCCUACUUGUUGCCACUUAAAUUUUAAAUGUAUUAUAGUUUUUAUCACUCAGGGUCAAUGGGUUAUAACCAAUACACAUGUCCUUGACAAAGCUGGAUCUGACAGAUUUGAAUGUCUGAGUGGAACUAGCAGCAUAAUUACAUGUAUAUAGUGACUGGAGCAUAAAUACUACUAUGUUCAAAACUCCUGACCACUGACAAAUGUGAUCAGUCUUCUAACUUAAUACAGAAAAAAACUGAAAUACCUCCCUAACAGAUGUUUAUUUUUGUAAAUACGAUCAGUGCUUGUUACACUGAGGUAUCGUUAUUUUGUUUACAUCUAUGGGAUGCCCUUGUAUGCAUGUGCAUGUAUCUCCACUCGCAGUUUAGGAAUGGUGGCAAAAUGGCAGGCCUGUUUUGCUGAGUAUGCCGUUUCACAUGGUACAGUUUCUGGCAUUCACCAGCCGUAUAAUUGUAUAAUUGUCCUGGGAAUAGGCUACAACCCAUCCUUGCAUCCCAGUGCCAGGUAAAGUUGUUGGCUGUUUGGAACAGCAAGAAUGCAAUAGGUUUAUUAUUAGUGCUAUACUCGUCUCUGGUUUCACAUCAGCUGGAACGUUUCAAGUUUCAAGUGGCCGCUUUAUUCAGUGGUUUUGAAAACUAGGGAAGAGAGGCUGGUCUGUUGCCUGGCACUUACCUAACAUAAAUGAAGUAACAUUUUCCAUUUGUGUUUUUAUUACAGUUUUCUUUUUUUCAUUGUGAACCAAUUAUAUCUCAAAUAAAUUGGGUUGUUUUUAAUAA